AUGGUUGAUCCCAAAAAAUCUCCUUUGGAAGAACAUGCUCGUAGACAUUCAUCUGACGGAUUGAAUUCAUCUCAGACUAAUACAUUUUCAAAUGCAGGUGAUUUAGAUGAUCUUCUAAAGUCUAAAAGAGAAUCUAUGGCAUCAGAUGAAUCGGCUUCUCAGCAUCACCCUUCCGUUCAUUUCAACCCUAAGUUCUUGGGGACGAAAUCGUCAUCUGCAAAAUCAGAAUCAAAUCCACAACGUCAUAGGAGGUUAUCCUCGUUGAAUGAGUUUCAUGAUCCAUUUUCAACUGCAGACGUCUAUUAUGGGCCUGAGACUAAUCCAAAUAAAUAUUCAGGGAUUAAGCCGAUGAAUAGACCAAGGACGAUGAGUGUAGUUGAUAAUGUUUCGAAUUUUAAGACCAAAUCCAGUUUAGACCGUCAAUUACUCAAGAGACGUGGUUCUGAAGACGAUACUUAUUUAAGUAGUAAGGGAAACAGGAGGUUCUUUAUUGAAAAUGUGGAUGAAAUGUUAGGGAAAUUGUUGGCAUGUGAAGAUACUGAUAAAAAUUUCCAAAUAACGAUUGAGGAUACCGGGCCAAAAGUAAUAAAAGUGGGGACAGCUAAUUCUGGUGGAUUCAAAUAUGUCAAUAUUAGAGGUACUUACAUGUUAUCAAAUCUUUUACAAGAAUUGACUAUUGCAAAAAGUUUUGGUAGGAAUCAGAUAGUUUUAGAUGAGGCACGUAUAAAUGAAAAUCCAGUGGAUAGACUCACUAGACUAAUACAUACCCAAUUUUGGGAUAACUUGACCAGAAGAGUUGAUUUGACCAACAUUGCUCAGAUCGCUCUGGAUACAAAGAUAGAUGCACCUGGUGCUAAAAAUCCAAGAGUGUAUGUUCCUUACAAUUGUCCCGAGCAAUACGAAUUUUACGUUCAGGCUUCUCAAAUGAAUCCAUCUUUGAGUUUAGAAGUGGAGUAUCUACCUCGUGAUAUUACACCUGAAUAUGUCAAGUCGUUGAAUAGAACUCCUGGAAUGUUAGCAUUAGCUAUGGAGGAACACAUUAACCCUUCUUCAGGUGAGUUGUCCCUGGUAGGUUAUCCCUAUGCAGUUCCCGGUGGUAGGUUUAACGAAUUAUAUGGUUGGGAUUCGUACAUGAUCGCACUUGGUCUUUUGGAAGGCGGUAAGACGCACGUUGCAAGAGGAAUGGUGGAACAUUUCAUUUUUGAAAUUGAACACUACGGAAAAAUUUUAAAUGCUAACAGAAGUUACUAUUUAUGCAGGUCGCAACCUCCAUUUCUCACUGAUAUGGCUUUACAAGUUUUCAAAAAGAUGGGCGGUAGGAAUAAUCCCGAUGCUAUUGAUUUUCUCAAAAGAGCUUGCCAUGCUGCUAUAAAAGAAUAUAGGACUGUUUGGGUAAACUCACCAAGAUUGGAUCCUGAAACCGGACUAUCAUGUUAUCAUCCUCUUGGGUUGGGUAUUCCUCCAGAAACCGAAGUGGAUCAUUUUGAUUCUCUAUUAGCCCCUUAUCAUAAAAAGUAUAAUGCUUCCCGUGAGGAAUUUGCGAAGAUGUAUAACGAUGGUAAGGUCAACGAGCCUAAGUUAGAUGAUUUUUUCAUGCAUGAUCGUGGGGUGAGAGAAUCGGGCCAUGAUACUACUUACAGAUUUGAGGGUGUCUGUGCUUAUCUGGCUACAGUAGAUUUGAACUCUUUGCUUUUCAAAUAUGAAAGAGAUAUAGCCGACAUCAUUGAGGAGUUCUUUGAGAAUAAGUAUCACGACCCAUGGGACAAUUCGGUUACUGACGCACAAUAUUGGAGAGAUUUGGCGCAAAAGAGAAGAAGCGUUAUCACGAAAUAUAUGUGGGAUGACGAGACUGGGUUUUUCUUCGAUUAUAAUACUAAGACGAAAGAAAGACACUCUUACGAAUCGGCAACUACUCUAUGGGCUCUUUGGGCCGGGUUGGCAACUGAAGAUCAGGCUGCGAUUAUGGUUGAAAAGGCAAUACCAAAUUUGGAAGUACUCGGAGGCAUUGUAGCUUGUACUGAAAGAUCUCGUGGUCCUCUUUCUAUUAAACGGCCAUCAAGACAGUGGGAUUUCCCUUAUGGUUGGGCUCCCCACCAGAUUUUGGCCUGGGAUGGUCUAUCGAGAUACGGCUUUGUAGGUACUGCUACUCGACUUGCUUACAGAUGGCUCUAUAUUAUGACUAAGGCUUUUGUUGAUUACAAUGGUAUUGUUGUCGAGAAGUAUGAUGUCACAAAGGGUACUGAUCCUCAUCGUGUUAAUGCUGAGUACGGUAAUCAAGGCGCUGAUUUUAAGGGCGUUGCAAAAGAAGGAUUUGGUUGGGUGAAUGCCAGUUAUGUUUUGGGUCUUCAAUAUAUGAAUGAUCAUGCUAAGAGAGCAUUGGCUACGUGUGUUCCUCCUAUACCAUUUUUUAAUAGUUUGAGGCCAAAUGAAAGAAAAAACUACGGUCUACAAACACAUUCUUGA